AUGCCAGUUCCUCAAUUUCUUAAAAAACCCUUACCAAUGUAUGUGAUAGCGGAACAGUAUUGGGAUUUAAAAGCAUUUCCUACGCAAUAUGUAUUUUCUCUUCUAGCUCUUAUAUCAGAUGAUAGGCUAGAGAGAGACAAAUGUAGGGAACUUAGUUCUGCUGAGGGACAGGAAGAGUGGCUAAGUUAUUGCAGGAGACCAAAAAGGACUAUUUUGGAGGUGUUACAUGACUUCCACAUAUCAGCAUCAAAUCUCACAAUAGAAGUGCUAUUUGAGUUGUUCUCCACAAUUAAACCUCGCUCCUUUUCUAUUGCAAGUAGUUGUUUACCAGCACAAGGUUCUAAAUUAGAAUUACUAGUGGUUAUUGUGAAGUAUCAAACUAAAAUUAAAAAACAACGCCUGGGCUUAUGUUCCAAUUGGUUGAAAGGAUUAAAUAUAGGUGACAAAGUGUAUGGUUGGAUCAAAAAAGGAGUUUUUAAAUUUCCUGCAGCGAAUAUACCACUAAUUCUAAUAGGUCCAGGCACUGGCUUGGCUCCAUUCCGUAAUCUGAUUCAAGAAAGAGUAGCUCUCAAUAUUGCUGAUAAAAAUAUAAUACACCUGUUUUUUGGCUGUCGGUAUAGAGAUGGAGAUUUCCACUGUAGAGAUGAGUUAGAAAUGUGGCAGAAAAACAACAAGAUUUCUCUAUAUUGUGCCUUUUCUAGGGACCAAGAAGAUAAAAUAUAUGUUCAACAUAAGAUAGUCGAAAACAAAGAUAAACUACACAAUCUUCUGAUAAAUCAGGGAGCUUAUGUCUUUAUAUCUGGCAACUCUAAGAAUAUGCCUAAAAACGUGAAAGAUGCAUUUGUUGAACAUGUGUUGAAAGGAGUAGAAAAUGCUGAUAGUUUUAUGGAAAAUAUGAUUAAUAUUGGCAGAUUUCAAACUGAAACUUGGUAA